UUAAAUUAAAGAUAUGUAAAUAUGUGAAGAAUACAGAAAUGUUCUUGUAGAUGAUAGCAAAUAUUUUUAUUUACUUGAUUUUAACUACAAAACCAGAGUCAUACAGGAUUAAAUAUUGUCUGAUCACUGUUAUUUAUGAAGUGUCUAUGGAUCUCUGACACACAUGAUCUGAUAAAAUAAAACUCUUCAAUAGAGCAACACAUAAACCUCUGUUGGAUAACAAAUGAAUUACAACAAAUAAAUGAAUUAAUUAAAGACUAAUGUGCAUAACGUCACUAACAUAGUCUGACAGUGAUUGUUUCUGUCCUGUAUACUGUACCUAAUAACUGUUGUUAAGUAAUCUCAUUUGUUAUGGCUGUGAAGAUUGCAGUGGUGAUGAAGGUCAGAAUGACUCUUUCUCUUCCUCUCAUCUUUCUGCUCAUGAUUUCUGGAGUUUUUGGAGAAAAAUGGAAUGUGAUUUAUAAAACUACAUCAAUAUGUGCUCUUAAAGGAUCCACAGUAAACAUGUCAUGCUCGUAUACAUACCCUCAGCAGUAUAAACUGAUUGAAACAUUCUGGAUAAAGAUGCCAGAUGCAGGGAUCAAAAGUUUAAUAGAAUAUCCCGAGUAUAAAGACAGGGUUGAAUACAUUGAAGACAGACAGAAACAAACUGCCAUCACUAAAAAUGAUGAGAGCGAGUAUUGUUUCAGAUUAAUAACUGACAGAGAUAUAGAAAGAUGGAUUGGUAAACCAGGAAUUCAACUUAAAGUUUCUGCUCUUCAGGUAAAGGCACCACAGCUGGUGCUGGAGAAAGAAAGAGUCAAUCUGACCUGUGAAAGCACCUGCAGUCUGACAGACGGAUUCAUCUGGUACAAAAAUGGACAGGUUUUAAAGAUCCAGAGCGAAACACUCCAGCUUCAGUCCGAGCGCAGUGAUUCUGGCCGUUACAGCUGCGCCGUCAGAGGACAUGAACACCUGCCCUCUCCUGCUGUCAGCAUCACUGUCAUGUAUCCCCCUCAAAACACCUCGGUGUUCAUCAGUCCGUCUGGUGAAAUAGUGGAGGGAGAUUCAGUGACUCUGAGCUGCAGCAGUGACUCAAACCCUCCUGCUCUGAACUUCAGCUGGUUUAAGGAGAAUCAAAGCUCAGCUGUUGGAUCUGGACAGAGUUUCAUCAUCUCCAGCAUUAACUCUAGUCACAGCGGACGCUACUAUUGUGAGGCUCAGAAUCAACAUGGAUCUCAGAGAUCAGCGAUUGUUUCAGUCUCUGUUAAAGGUGUUUGGAAUAUCUUGUAUAUCAUUGCAGUCUGUGUCACUUCUGCAAUUACAGUUGGAUGUGGGCUCUUGUUUCUCAUCAUCAUCAUUGUGCAAAAAAGGAUUAAGAAAAUAAAUAAUGACUCUAAGGACACAGAGCAAAAAAAGACGUCUGCAGGAAAGGCCUCUGAAUCCAGAGAUGCUGAAAAUGCUUCUGCUCAAGAUGACAGAGAUACAGACACAAAGAAACCUGAAGAGGAGGAGAUUGCAUAUGCCAGCAUUACAUUUCACCAUUCGGCUAAUGAAGCCAAAUCUGCUGCAAGCCAAGAGAUGGAUGUAUCUGUGAUUUACAGCAGCAUUAGAUGAUCCAGACUAAUCUAUGUAGAUCCAGACCAUAAAAAUACUUUUUAUUGCUUUAGUAUUUUUGGUUUAAUUUAAUCGUUUUUG